AUGGCAAGAAAGCUUUCAAAUCUGAAGUUGAAGAACUUGGCUUCUGGUAAUGAUAAUAGUGAUAAUGAAAAUGAAACAAAGGACAUUGGAAAAGAGUUAGAUCUUCCCUUAGAUAAACUGAACCUUGGUCCAAAAAAGAAACUCCUUGUGCUUAAUCUUGGAGGGCUGCUGGUUCAUAGAGUGCAUCGUCGCGACUGGUUCACUGUUGAAAGCUACAAACCGGACUUAGUUUGUGGAAAUUUCUCAGUUUUCAAGAGACCUUUCUGUGAUCAAUUUAUGAAGUUUUGCCUCGAAAGAUUUGAAGUCGGACUAUGGUCAUCUGCAAUGGAGUUAGAUCAAGAAAAAUGCAUUGACAGUGGCUUUAAGUGUUUGGAGAAGAAGGAGAAGCCCAUAUUCUUGAAACAAAUGAAGAAAAUAUGGGAAAACAAGUAUCAUAUCCUUCCUUUUCGUGGUGGAAAAUUUUCAGAAUCCAACACACUUUUGAUUGAUGAUGAACCCCACGUAGCUCUACUUAACCCUCCUAAUACAGUGGUUUUUCCUCCUGUUUUCAAAGUUGGAAAAGGCAAAGACACGUUACUUGGUCCUAACGGCGAUCUACGGAAGUUUCUGGAUGGGCUAGCAGAUGCAGAUGAUGUUCCAACCUACGUGAAAGAACAUCCCUUUGGACAACCUGCAAUAACAGCUUCUCAUACUGAUUGGGAUUACUAUGCUAAGAUUGUUCAACGUUUUGCCAUAAAAGAGGAAGCUCCUGAAGUUUAG